GUUCGAACUUCUAACUAACAUUUCGACUUCAGCCCUAAAAUGCAGUCGAGGACUCAAUCAGUCCAUCACCAAGAAAUAGCUUAGAAUUUCAACAAUUUCACAAUCCCCAAUGUCAAAAUCAAAAUCACCAGAAGCAGCAAUGGAGAAAGAAAAAACAGUAAUGGAAGAAGAAGCCAUCCGUCUCAAAACCCUAGCCGAAGAAUCCUACACCUCCUCCGACCUCAACUCCGCUCUCAAACUCGCCAAGAAAUCCCUCCGUCUCUGUCCACACUUAGACGGCACUUCCGACCUCAUCACCGCCUUCAAAAUCCUCCGCUCCGGCGCCGCCAGUUCAACCGUCGAUUCCUCCCCUGACUGGUACAAAAUUCUCCAAAUUGAGCCUUUUUCUCAUAUUAAUACUAUUAAGAAACAGUAUAAGAAGCUUGCUUUGACUUUGCAUCCUGAUAAGAAUCCGUUUGCUGCUUCCGAGGAGGCGUUUAAGCUCGUUGGAGAUGCGUUUAGGGUUUUGUCGGAUAAGAUUAGGCGGAAGGAGUAUGAUAUGAAGUUGAGGAUUGCGUUGCAGGAGAAGGAGGUUGCGGAGAUGGAUAAGGAGGGUGUGGAGGUGUUUUGGACUGCGUGUUCGACUUGUCGGUUGUUGCAUCAGUUUGAGAGGAAGUAUUUGGGGCAUAGUUUGAUGUGUCCUAGUUGUAAGAAGAGUUUUAAGGCGGUUGAGUUUUCGGAUAAUGCGAAUAAGAAAGGCGUUGAUGAUAAUGUUGUUGGUGUGGAUAAUGUUGUUGGUGAUGGUGGUGGUGUAGGUGAUAGGAUGAAAACUAAGAGGAGUGGUGUUAGGGAUUCGGAAGUGAAGCGGAAGAUGAGUAGUGUUGGGGAGAUUUUGAAGAGAGGGGAGGGUGAGAGGAUUAAUAGGGGUGUAGGGGAGGGUGAGAGGAUUGAUAGGGAUGAGGUUGUGGAGGACGUAGGGGGAUUGGAUAGUGCAGUGCUGAGUGGAGAUGGGAAGGGGAAUGCAGUGAAUGGCAGUGCUAGUGUGAAUGAGGUAUUGAGGUCGAAGAGAGUGAGGAAGCCGAGAGACUUAGAUAAGUUGGAUGCAGGGAGUAGUGCUGCGAGUGUAAUGUAUGAGAGUUUGAAGGCAAAGAGAGCAAAAAGUGGGGGUGAUGAAAUGAUGACUAUUGCGCAAAUGCAAAUGUUAGCAAAGAAGAAAGGUAAUGAGAAGAAUUUGAAGCUUGAUGAGAAGGAGAAAGAGAAGGUGAAUGAAACAAACGAGACAUCUGAUGUGAGUAUUGGCGGGAGUGUGGAAACUGAGAGAAGGAGUUCAUCAAAGAAAGGAGCCUCAAGUAAAGCAUCCAAAAGUGGAGGUAAGGAGAUGAUUACAGUGGAAGACUUGGGUUUUGAUGAAUCUGAGGAAGCAAGAACAGAACAGAGUUCUCGGAAAAGAAAGAAGGCGAAGAAGAGGAAGAAGACAUCCGACUUAAUGAAUUGUGGGAAUUUGGGAACUGAAAAAAUCAGUCUAACAAAUAAUGGAACCCCUGGUAGGGGAUCCUCAAAGAAUGGAACCUUGAGUAGGGCUUCUAAAAGUAGAAAUAUGGAUAUAGUGACAACGGAAGAGUUGGAUUUUUCUGAUUUUGAUGAAGAUGGAACAGAAAGUAGUUUUCAGAAAGGAGAGAGGGUGAAAAAGAGGAAGGAGGUACCUGAAGUUCCUAAUGGUGGGAAUUUGGAAACCGGGAAAAAAAGUUUGUUAAAGGAUGGAACCUCAAGUAGGACAGCAAAUAGUGGACAUAUGGAGAUAAUGACAGUGGAAGAUUCGGAUUUCUAUGAUUUUGAUAAAGACAGAGCAGAGAGAAGUUUCCAGAAAGGGCAAGUGUGGGCUAUUUUUGAUGACGAUGAUGGAAUGCCUAGGCAGUAUGUGUUGAUAGAUGAUGUGGUUUCAGUCAAUCCAUUUGAAGUAAGAUUGAGCUGGCUAGAUCUUCAAAAUGAUGAUGAUGUAUUGGUCAGCUGGGAGAAACUUGGAUUUCGUAUUUGCUGUGGGAGGUUCAAAGUUUCUAGGAAGAUUUCGGUGAAUCUAUUGAAUAUAUUUUCACAUGUUGUGGAUUCUGAUCGAGUGGCAAAAGAGUUGUAUAGGAUCUAUCCGAAGAAGGGUUCGGUGUGGGCGCUCUAUAAUGAAAGUGCUAAAGAUUCUGAAGGGAGGAACUUGGGUGAUAAGGAUAGGCGCUGUUAUGAUGUUGCUGUGUUUUUUACCAGUUACAGUGAGGUACAUGGGUUGAGCAUGGGAUAUCUUGAGAAGGUUGAUGGUUUCAAGUCAGUUUUCAAAAGGAAAGACAUUGGUGGCCAUGCUAUUAAAUGGCUUGAAAAAGAUGAUAUGCGAUUAAUCUCACAUCAGAUUCCUGCAAGGAAACUUUCAGGGGAAGAGGUCUCAGUUUCUGCUAAAGAAUGUUGGGAGCUUGAUCCUGCCUCACUUCAUCCCGAGUCUCUCGCCAUUAGUUAGAGUUGAAAGUCUUGCCUUGUUCUUGGGGAUUUAAUUAGUACGGUAAAUUGGUGCAAGUUUUAAUGACCCGAUAAGAACUGUGGUUGACUCUGUCCAACUCAGUCCAAGUGCAGCAUGUCUUUUUAGAGUGAUUGAUUGUUAUAUAUUGUAGAGAGGAACUUCACUUCUCGCAGUUGAGUUAUAAGUUCAGAUAUAACCUGUUUAUAAAGGCCAAAUAUAUUCUUUUCCAUUCUGAAGUACUGAUUGGGAGGGUAAUGUGUAAAAGGUUACUUGUUUGAAGGAGCUACAUUUAGAUUUUUAAUCAAGACAAUAUUUAUAUCA